GCCCAAGUAAAAAGCUUAAGGCGUCGGAGCGGAAUUUGCAACAAAAGAUACAUUAGAUCAUAAAAAUGAUGAUACAAGAGCCUGUUCAGGCCGCCAUAUGGCACUGUCUUAACCAUUAUGACCAUAAAGAUGCUGUCUUUCUGGCGGAGCGUCUCUGCUCUGAAGUGGAAAGCGAUGAAACAAUAUUUUUGCUGGCCACCAGCUAUUAUCGAUCAAAUCAACUGCAUCAAGCCUUUUGGCUGCUCACAAAUAAAUUACGACGCUCAGCGCAGUGUCGAUAUCUGCAGGCUAAGUGUGCCUAUGAACUGAAAAAGUACGCGGAGGCGGAAAGUGCGCUCGUACCCAGUGGCUUUGCGGACACAAAGAACUUUGAUGAAGUGCAGCGCGAGUUUGGUGAUCUGGCCUGCUUUGCGUAUCAGUUAAUAGCACAAAUUUGUGAUCGUACCGAACGUCAAAAGCUGGGGAUUACUGCGUUACGACGCGCCCUGAAGCUAAAUCCGUUUAUGUGGCAGGCGUUUGCCGACCUGUGCCUGCUGGGUCAGGACACGGAUACGGCAGCAAUAUUCCAAAUACCUAGCACUGAUGUGUUCAACACUUGUCUGGGCAGCAAUGCCAUGCUGCCCUUCAGCGAACAGCAUCUACAGCAGCAACAGCAGGAGACGCUGCUGCUAAGCAAUCAUAUACUAAGCACACCCGUGGAACAGCAGCAGAGCAAUAACAACAUGGUUACACCACAGAAUUUCUUUACGCCCAACAACAACAUAACAAACAAUAACAUCAACAAUAAUAACAACCUUAAUAGCAGCAUCAGUUUGCUGAGAGGUGGUGGCACCGUACAGAAUUCCAGUAUGAUGCUGCUGGAAGAUACGCCCAUGGGCAAUGCCAAUGGCCCGGAGCAGUCGACGCAGCAGCAGCAGCAGCAGCUUUACGACGCCAAUGGCACUCCAUUUCGCAAGCAAUUUAAAUAUCUUUCCGCCAUAUCGCCGCUGACGCCCAGCUUUGGUGUGAUGCCGUUGACAAGUCCCUGCGACCCGAAUCUCAGCUUGUCCACAUACUCGCCCACGCCACAACUGCUGGCUGAAGUGAAUCAGGAGCCCAAGAUCAUAAGCAAGAAGCUCAAGACGCAUGUCGGGAGCCUCAUUAAUCGCCAGGAGAAGAGCAAGCCUGCUGUAUUUACGCAAGCUGGCAACAUAACGCCGCGUACGCCCAACAAUCUGGUUACCAAUGCGCCUCCCAAUGCCAAUGCAGCAGUGCGUCGAAGUUCGCGGCUCUUUAGCAAUAGCGCCUACUCUGUUAAGGAAAAUAACAAGUCGUCAAACAUUACCAACAAUAAUAAUAACAAUAACAACAACAAUAAGUUUGUGCAACCACGCUCGCCUCCACGCAAAACCAAAUCCUCACGCAUGCCCAAAAUCUGCCUGAGCAACGAGCUUUUCGAAGAGAAAGCGCAUCAGCAGGCGCGCAAGGAUAAAGAGAAAAUUGAGACUAUAACCUCGUCAUCGAAUCGUGCUGCGGAGGAGGCCAAGGUGCUGCUAAACAAUAGUUUAAACAAUGCCCAGACCAUGGCACAUCAGUUGCUGCAGCUGAAGAAGCAAUCGGCGGACGGACUAAUGGCGCUGCUGCGCGAUCUUGGCGAGGCCUAUAAACUGCUGAUGGGCUAUCAGUGUCGAGCGGCAAUCAAGCAGCUGGAGACGAUCAUACCAAAGCAUCACUUUGACUCCUGUUGGGUGCAAUCUCUCAUUGGACUCAGCCACUAUGAGCUCCGCGAUUAUGACAGUGCCGUGCAAGUGUUUAGGCACAUACACGAGUCUGAACCUUGUCGACUGGACUACAUGGAGAUCUAUUCUACAUCUUUGUGGCAUCUGCAACAGGAGGUUGCGCUCUCGGCGCUGGCGCAGGACCUUGUGAGUCAGGACAAGCGUAGUCCGAUCACUUGGUGCGUGGCGGGAAAUUGCUUCUCGCUGCACAAGGAGCAUGAAACCGCCAUCAAGUUCUUUAAGCGUGCCGUGCAAGUGGAUCCAGACUUUGUCUACAGCUAUACGUUGCUGGGACAUGAGCUCGUGCUCACCGAGGAGUUUGACAAGGCCAUGGACUACUUCCGAGCGGCGGUGGCGCGUGAUCCUAGGCACUACAAUUCCUGGUUUGGCAUUGGCACCAUAUAUUCCAAGCAAGAGAAGUAUGAGCUGGCCGAGUUGCACUACGUCAAGGCAUUGAAGAUUAAUCCGCAGAAUUCAGUCAUAUUGGUGCAUAUUGGCGCCAUGCAAUUCUUUAUGAAGAAGAAGGAGAAGGCACUGCAGACUUUUAACACCGCAGCUACCUUGGAUCCCAAUCCGCUGGCGCGUUUCCAUCGCGCCUCAAUACAUUUCUCGCUGGGCAAGUAUCAGGAGGCGUUACGUGAGCUCGAAGAGCUGAAGGAGAUUGUGCCGAAGGAGUCUGUGGUAUUUUAUCUGAUUGGUAAAAUACACAAAACGCUUGGCAACAUGGACUUGGCACUUAUGCACUUUAGCUGGGCAACCGAUCUGGACCCCAAAGGCGUGCCUAAUCAAAUCAAAGAUGUCUUCAAUACUAUGGGCAAUCCCUGUUGUACAGCCAGCGAUACUGCGCUCGAUGUGGACUUCGAUCCAACUUCUGAACGCUCAGAUGACUCCACGCAGGCGCAGCAAGAUGUUAACUAUGACAGCGACUACUAGAGCCACUUCUCUCGCUCCAAAUACCCUCAAGUCUGAGCGCUUGUACAUAAUUCGCAUACUAUAUAUAUACACACACACACACACACAAACAACUACACUAAUAUGGGCUUAAAAAACGACAAUUAUAUGAAGUAUAUUAAAGUCUAGAUAACGGUUAGAAUUAGUUUAUUUAAAAACAAAAACAAAACAAAAAUAGAUAACAAUCGUAAGAGCGAAGCACAGCAGCUCCAAAAGUUCUUUCUGGCUGACUCACAAUACACCCAAAAAUAACAAACACACAUAAAACUAAUAUAAAGUUAAUCGGCUAAUUUUUAUUGAUAUGACAGUUCUUAAAAUCUAGCUAUAGUCAAGUCUAUUGAAAUUAAUGGCAAUCGAAAUUCAUAGUUUCAUUAAUACAGUAGACUCUGGAUAUCAGUACUAAAAGUUUUAUAUCUAUUCUAAAAUAGAUAAAAUGAAAAUAUUCAUAAAUAUAGAUGACACCUGCGAUUGUCUAUUGUAUUGGUGAAUCUAAUGCUAAGCAAGAAAUGGAAAUAUUUUAAGAGUUUCCACAAAUUGGCAAUAUUUGGGUGAUAUGUUUGCUAGAUGAAAUUAUUUAAAGCUGUAAAUAAUUUGCAAUGCUUAAGGACGAAAUUAUGUCAAAUAUUUAACUAGUGAACG